CCUCUGGGGAACACAGAUUGAGUAUUCCAGAUAAUCCCUCUCCCAGUCCUCCCUGACAUUUGGCCAGUGGGCUUUGUACCUGGACCUCCUGGGACACUGGCUGAGAUUUGAGGAAAGACCUCAGUGCCUACUGGGCUGCAGGAUGAAGCUGGCUACUGGCUUCUUGAUUUUGUGGCUCAGCCUGAGGGGUGGCCUGGCUCAGAGUGACACCAGCCCUGACGCAGAGGAGUCCUAUUCAGACUGGGGCCUACGGCACAUCCGGGGCAGCUUUGAAUCUGUCAACAGCUACUUUGACUCGUUUCUGGAGCUGCUGGGAGGGAAAAAUGGAGUCUGUCAGUACAGGUGCCGAUACGGAAAGGCACCAAUGCCCAGACCUGGCUACAAGCCUCAGGAACCGAACGGCUGCAGCUCCCAUUUCCUGGGUCUCAAGGUACCAGGAAGUAUGGACUUGGGCAUUCCAGCAAUGACCAAGUGCUGCAACCAGCUGGAUGUCUGUUACGAUACUUGCGGUGCCAACAAGUAUCGUUGUGAUGCAAAAUUCCGAUGGUGUCUCCACUCUAUCUGCUCUGACCUGAAGCGGAGUCUGGGCUUUGUCUCUAAUGUGGAAGCCUGUGAUUCUCUGGCUGACACUGUGUUCAAUACUGUAUGGACCUUGGGCUGCCGACCGUUUAUGAAUAGUCAACGUGCAGCCUGCAUCUGUGCAGAAGAAGAGAAAGAAGAGUUAUGAGGAAGAGGUGAUUCCUUCCUGGUUUUGAGUGACACCACAGCUGUCAGUCUUGGAGAUGGUAGUAUGGCAGAUGUGUCUCAUCCUUUCUUUCAAAAGUUUGAAUACCACAAAGCAGGAGAAAGGAAACAUUAUUCUACAGCUGAAAACUGAGUCCCAUCCUUUGAGGAGAAUUGGAAAAAAGACAUGGAGGGAUUUGAAGACGGCUCUUCACUUUAACACUGGUCUCCCCAGCCAAGACACAUUUGCCUGGAAAUUCAGUUCUUAGUUUAAAGACGAAAAUACUGGGAUUCCUGGAGUUCGAUAAUUAUAUUCAUAAGUGAAAUUUUGGAGAGCCCAACUAUUUGGGAGGCAAUGACUUUCCUCUGGUCCUUGUUUCAGUUGCCAAUAAGCAUCUCACAUUUAAUAAAGUGUACUUUUUAGAAAAUUUGAAAAGAGAUGAAUGAAUUCCAUUAUCACCAAUAUGCUUCCAUUUCACUUAGAAGAGAACAGGACCCAACCUGGUAAGUUCCACAAAUGAUAACAAUUAUGCCCACUGAUGCUGAAGAGAUAAAAACAGGUGAGCAGGGUCAGAGGCUUACCUGAUAAAGGCCAGUGGAGGUGGAGGUCAAAUGGAGCAGGUCCCUGAGGUCCCAUUUUUUUCCUGCCGUGAAUUAUUCAGGUUGAUAUUCCCAAUUACUAAGCGGUGUUAGUGUCAUGUUAAGAUCUGAGAAGCACUUGGCAAAAACUGCCACUGAAAAUAUCUAGGUGAAGUCCCUGAAAUCUGAUGGGAAUGAGAGACAAAGGGCCUUUCCCUUAGUUGUGGUUCUCUGCCCUGACUGUGGAUUAGAAUAACCUGAGGAGCAUUAAAAA